UUAAAUAUUAUUUUUAAAAAAAUAAAUAAAAUGAAAAUUUACAGGAGAAAAUACCAAUAUCUUAUUGAUUGUUGAAAUGGGUAUAUACAUACAACAACGGGACUGGAAGAAGCCGCCAUUGUUGUUUGCCAGCAAAGCAAAUUCUUGUGCUUCUUCUUCUUCUUUCCUAGUUCUUGUCAAACGCAGCGUUUUACGUUUUCUCUAGCUCUGAGGCGGAUCUGACGAGUGUAGGGUUUGGGCUUGUCGACCUUUGGUUUCGGUGCUUUGGAUGAAAUUCAGGAAGCUUGGAGAAUAAGGUCAUCCAAAAUGGGGGAAGCAGUCCCAAUAUACCUGAGCAUUGUUGCCUUCUUUUGUACUGUUGGAGCCAUUGCUCUUGCUGUUUUCCAUAUCUACAGGCACCUGUUGAAUUAUACUGAACCCACUUAUCAAAGAUAUAUUGUUCGAAUAAUUUUUAUGGUUCCAGUUUAUGCAUUAAUGUCUUUCUUGUCUCUCGUUUUACCCGACACUUCAAUAUAUUUCAAUUCCAUUCGAGAAGUUUAUGAAGCAUGGGUCAUUUAUAACUUUCUCUCACUGUGCCUGGCAUGGGUUGGUGGCCCAGGAGCUGUUGUUCUUAGCUUAAGUGGUCGAGUUCUAAAGCCUUCUUGGUAUCUGAUGACAUGUUGCUUACCUCCUCUACCGUUGGAUGGACGCUUUAUUCGUAGGUGCAAGCAAGGCUGUUUACAGUUUGUAAUUCUGAAGCCAAUAUUAGUUGCCGUCACACUCAUACUAUAUGCAAAAGGAAAAUACAAGGACGGGAUUUUUAAUCCAAAGCAAUCAUAUCUUUAUCUUACUAUCAUCUACACGUUAUCUUACACGAUGGCUCUAUACGCAUUAGCAUUGUUUUAUGUUGCUUGUAAAGAUCUGCUUCAGCCAUUCAAUCCAGUUCCAAAGUUUAUUAUAAUAAAAUCUGUCGUUUUCCUGACUUAUUGGCAGGGUGUGUUGGUCUUUCUUGCUGCAAAAUCGGGAUUUAUAAAGAAUGCAGAGGAAGCUGCUCGGUAUCAGAACUUCAUUAUUUGUGUUGAGAUGCUCAUUGCUGCCAUAGGUCAUCUUUAUGCAUUCCCAUACAAGGAGUAUGCUGGUGCAAAUAUUGGCGCUCCUCGUGGUUUGACAGGGAGUCUUACACAUGCCGUAAAACUGAACGACUUUUACCAUGACACAGUCCACCAGUUUGCACCUACUUAUCAUGAUUAUGUUCUCUACAACCACAAUGAGAGUGGUGAUGAGGGGACAAGGAAGUAUCGGUCUCGUACAUUUGUGCCAACUGGACCAGAGAUGGAUGCAGUCAGAAAAAACAAACACAUGCUUGGAAACAAGAUUGAUGACAUACAGCUCUCCAGUCUCUCUUCUUCCAAUUCAAGCACUCCUGAAAAUUCUCAAUCGAUGCCCGAUUCUGCUAACUCCGAGGCAAUGAAAUCUUCACUGCUUGUGGAUACAUCAACAGAUUUCUCUGUGCCUUAUGACAUGUCUUUAAUUGACUUGGAUCUUUCAACUUACCCUUCAAAGGUUCCCGCCGUUAAGGAAAAUGAGACUAGGUGACAAUAAUGGAUGAAAUUGUUGUUAGUUGUGUAAGAAGGGUGUCUGUAUUCUGUAUUAGGGAAUUCUUUUUUGGUUUGUUAAAUUGUGAUAGGAGAGAGGUGGGAUGUUCUGUUCUUUUGCAAAGCUCUAAUUGUGUGCUGAUAUUGGUUUGAAUUCUUUCUUACCCAUCAGCUUAAAGUCAUGUACCGUUUAAAAUGUGAUGCUUCCAAUCGAAGUUAUCCUUAAAUGGUCAGUUUGUCCAGUGUGUAUUGUUUGUAGAUAAGGAACUUUUAGUUGUCAUGAAUUAACACACCACAGAAUCAAAUGUAGAAUAAUUGACCUUCCAUUUUAUUCAAUCCAUUGCUUUGUUCGCCCA